AUGCUUAUUUGGACACGAAUAUUGUGAGUGAGGUUUUUAAUAGAGACAUCAAGGACAUCACCUAUUUUCCCAAAAAUACUACUAAAAGUAAGUGUCUUCGUCAACCAUCGCUGCCCCUUAACACAUUUUGUCAUUUGGGGACAUUUAGUAAACUAUUUUGCUAUUCCCUCGCUAUGAUUCCCCUACUCUCAAGUCCAUUCCUAUACUUACCAGCCUUUGCCUGAAUCUAAACCCUUCAGUAAUUUUACAGUACCCCUGCUUGUUUCCCGGGAGGGUCCCCCCAUACAGACCCCUAUUGCCACCAUUCCAUUAUUGGAGGGGACAAGGCUCUCUGAAAAAUAUUGCAUGGGCGCACAAGUCAGUCUUACGGAUGCGUUUAUUGUUUAAUUUUCCAUCAGAUAUCCUUGUUCCAAUCAACUCAUAGGUUGUCCCGACUACAGCUGUCCGUGAAGUUGGAAUCGAUACCUGAUACGUAGGGGUGAACAGCCACUUCAGAUAGUUUACCAUCCCACCGCACAGUCAGCUUGUGCUCGUGUAUGUGCAAUCCGAGCAUACGUUUAGUCCAACCUACGUAGCUGCGAGUGCAGUUUUGACGCGAUAAUAUGCCACACGAGAUAUUCGUCCGAUAUUUUAUAGAUCCUAACACUUCACGACUGUGUCGGGCAUGGUCAUUUCGGGUUUAUGUGCGAUUUAAACACCUUGUGCCGCAGCACUACCCCCAGUUGAAGCUGAAAUAUCCCUGAUGUGUGACGGAGCAUGCUGCAUUACAUAGUCCACGUAAUUUAAUUACUCGAGGCAAAAAGUGUCCAACUGCGAACAUUUGUUGUAGCACUGAGUUAGAAACAAUGAAAACUUACAGAAAUCAGGUCACAAACGCUUUUGUAUGUCCAGGUUUCGAAUUAAUGCAGCAGUCACAUGGGUUCAGUAUAAUUCAUUAUAUAUGAGAGAUAUAGGCAGAGCCUUGGAAAAGCAUGUUUACAGGUAGACGUAUAAAAAGAUUGCACUUAUUUAAAUAAGAGUUAUGCCAGUAAAUUUCUGACAAUCAAGCAUAAAGUUAUCUGAUCUUUUUUGAAGGUCGCAACGUUUUCUGCCAAGACAACAGAGCUCGGAACUUUGUUCCAUCCUUCAACCAGACGGUGGGUUCCAUUGUAAUCAACAAUACGACACAAUUACUCGACAUAUCUGACGAUCGCGGUAGUGAUGAUACAGGCACAGUAAACAGGAGUUCGGGCUGCAGUAUUGCCAACAGUAGUGUUGGUAUCAGCGACACAUGGGAAGAGGAUAGAGGCAUCUCCGAGCGAUUCCUGUAUCCAUAAUAUUUUGUCCAUCAGUAUAACAAGCAUGACAAGGGUGAUGUCUCGUUUCCCACGAUCUCUCAGCAGGAAUUCCGAUUUCUUCAGUUCAUCGUGUACUUCACGAAGUGAAAUAUCUUUUCUAAUCAACUUUUCAGAAAAGAAAUUGGGUCAUAGUGACGCCUACGGUUUGGGUGGCUCCUAUUUCGCCCUUAACAUGCCCUCAUCAGGAUUCUAUUCUACCCGCUGGAACGUUGGGAUCUCACACCAGGUCUACCACCAGCCGGCAUCCCCAGACGCAAGUUAAUGAUGCUUCACUCUCGCUCGCCGUCUCACCUUUACAAUUUCAUCUUGUCCACAGGAAAAGCCACCUUGUCCCUCCAUGUCUCUUCUUGAAUUAGUCUUUUUCUUCCUGAACAUUUUUCAAAAGUGCGGAUCCCCUAAACUCAUACCUAAGUUUUAAGUUAAGGUGUUUUUCGUUAUUUCCAAACUUUGCUUACUUUAAACACCAGAAUUCCGAAAUUCUACUCUUCUUCCGGCUGCUCACAUAGAUGAUUACUGUGUACAUUGUUAAUAUUUUGCCAAAUGACUAAGUGCUUAAUUGUGUUUGGACGGUGCCCAUUGGGGCUUAAAAAUAAAAAUAUUACUCGUAUUAUCAACAUUCUGCCUUGUAUCAGCUAUGUCGAUAAUACUUUUGCACAAAUCGUCGACGGGAUUGCUGGCAUUGUAAAUGCAUAUGUCCGUCAAAUGGUCAACUAUCCAAGUCUGGACGUCGUAAAGCCACCGGAUGUAGAAACACUUGUCAUUUAGUGCAUUACAACAGUUGUUAUCAACUUAUGCGAAAUACCCUACUCCAAAUAAGAAAAACCCUGGUGUAUUUCAAGCUAUAGCCUUGGCUUCAGCAGAGGGACAUUUUGCUAGUCAGAUGACCUUGUUGGCGGGGUUGUUGCCCAUUGACCUGAUUGCCCACUGCCUUUCUGUUUAGCACCUAAUUAUCUAUCUCGAGUUUCCAAUAUGUGCAAAUUCCUAAAGGAAAUCAUCUUGAAAUUUUAAAGUUUGUAAAUUUGAGACUGGGUUACUCAAUGUAGAAGCCCACUGAUUUCGUGAAUGCAAAGUGGUAGAACUGUUUUACUCUCCCGAAAGUGAGCCGCACAUUCGAGCUCUCGAAGAGGUGGAGGAUCGCCGGUGUCAAGGUUUUUUAGGAUUGGUUUUUUUACUGUAAUGGUGUUAUCAGAAGGUAUAAGGCUUGUUGAUACUAACAUGAGGUCGAGUUAAUUUGGAAAUCCUACUGCUGUGGAUUUCACAGCCUCAUCUAUAAAUUAGGUAUAUUUGACAGGUCUUUGGAUCCAAAGACCUGCACAGGGCUUAUUUACAUAACCUGUGCUACUGGAGUGCUGCAUACCAUAGAAAGCCCUGAGUGUAUUCCGCCAGACGAUUUUUAUAUUAUUCGCGUCUUGUGUUUGACACGAAGAUUAGACAACAUGUGCAUGGUAUUUAUUCAACAAGAUGUUAAUAGGUCCCUCAAACUUUAUAGUCUCAUUUACGAUGUUAAUUUUUGAGACGAUUGAUUUGUUACGCCAUUAUUCCAGACAAAGCAGAGCGUAGGCGCUCCAGCAAUGUACCCAGGGACUUCAGUCGCUCGUCUGAUUGGAUUCAGCUUUUAUCCGUUACCUAAAUGAAACUUCCUCACUCCGGUUCUCCGUGGGAGUACGGGACCGAAAAUAGACUGAAUAAAGUUGUUAGAUAAGCAGCCGUUCUCAUUCAGAUGAAUAAAGUAGAAGGUUUAGUUGAAUGUAAGAGGUGUACUUUUAGCAGAAAUGGAAUUCGAACAUAUAGAACAACCAGUUAUUAAGAAAGGGGAUACAGACUCGAGAGUUCCAGAAUGAUAAUCUCAGAAAGACAAGUUGUUAGCCGAGACAGAUUUCUCGCUUGCUGGCGUUUCUCAGAACUUGGUGGGUUCAUAAAUGUCAAAGAAUUCAAUCCCGAAAACCGGUCAUAAUUUUAAAUAACUGGCCGUGCUAGUCAGCCCUGAACUGAGGAGUUUUUAUUUUUCAGUGACUUAGCCAAUUAGCAACUUUUUAGUGGCUUGGCGGUUGCCUACUUUACGCUUCAUCAAGUCGAUGAAGGAAGGUUGAAACUCUUCUUCUCCUUCGGAUGAGUUUGUCGUGGGACCGUGCCUGCUCGGUGCGAGCAUCUUACUCUGGUCCUUAUGCGCAUAGUGACGCGGGACUUUUUAAGCCACGUGAAUAUUUAGAUGCCUGUUGACAGAGUUACCACCUGAAUUCCAUGUCUCAAGCGUGGGUCGUUCUGUUUUUGAGGUGCCUCGGUCUAAGAUGGUCCUUUAUUGAAGGGCAGGAGUGUGGCGACAGGCUGCGAGUUCGGGUCUAGCCUCCGAGUUUCCAGCUUGUGCUCAUGUAAGCGGGUCUCCAACUCUCGCUCGGUUUCUCUGGCGUAGUUGCGUUCUCUACCAUUGCAACAUAUUUGGUAGACAACCGCCGGUUUUCGGUAGAUUGCAGCCUGUUCUUAUGUUGAAUCACACGACCAAUUGUUGCCUGGGAUCGAUGGACUAUGCUAACUCUGGCGUGUCUUAAGAUUAGAGAGACCGCCUCGGUGACCCAUUUUAUGUAGAGAAUGGGCCUCCUGAUUUCAAGUUGCUGAUCUUUUGAUUGUCGUUUAUUCACAUGGCGCUUGCGUGGCUAGAUGAAAUAGCUCCGAAGAGACCAUGAAAAUGUAGUCAUCUGGAUAAGUUGUGAUACCGCCACGCCUGCUUAACCACCGGCGGAAUGUGCAACCUCGUGUCCAACUACAGAAAGGGCCCUGGAGUCUACUGAUGUGUAAUGAGAUACCAAGUAAGUGUGCAGCGAACGUCGGUAGAAGGGGAUGUCAGCAGUUGUGCGGAAAGGGGCACCGAACAUCUUCACCGACACACGAUCACACCAUUUCUAUCAUGGAUCCAUGCUAAAGGCGUUCGAACAGUCUAAAUAGCUCCAUCAGAUUUGGUUUGGCACUACACCUGUGCAAAUCAUAUGAACAGCUCGAUACAACCAUUAGAUUGACCUACUUUCGACACUAUUGUACGCCUGUCGGGCGAUUUCGGUCGAGAGUGGCGCCCAGAUUUUGGACAGUAGUUUUCCCUACGUCCAAAUGACUCCUGCCUUCCUCCUUCCAAGUUUCGGUGAGUUUUCAAAAGAUGUGUGACUUGUUAGUCGGACACCAAACAUGCGGGGCAGAGCUGUUUUGAAGUCAUCACAAUCAGUCUUGUGACCGUAGGUUGUGGAACAGGGUGUGUUCUACGACAUCGAAGCAACAGAACUCAGCCUGACAACAUUAUAUUACCCCUCUAUGGACUUCCGUAAAACUUAUAAAAUUGCCGAAAAUUUCAUCCAAAAUGGCUAACUUAGCACUUUGUCACGUUUUAUCGUCUGUACUUUAUUGUAGCAUUUCACAGUCGUGGCUUUGGAUCACAUUCUGUCUCUUAAGCUUUGCAGCAUACUGUGCAGACGUUUCAGUUUGAUCAAGUGUCCUCCCCAACGUUUCAGUCAGAGGCAUUUUAUUUUCGAUUUUCACAUAUUUUUCUGCCUUCUAAAGUUUCAGCAUGUCAUAUUUUCAGGAACCAAUAUGCCACUUCUCAGGGGUGGUCGUUACGCUGUUACGCGCACCAAAAAGUACCUAGAUGCGGGACGCAUAAUAUUUAGAGACAAUAUCAAGGUUUUGACCAUAAACACCCUCUCAAAAGGCGAGAUCUCAGAGGGCGCCCGCGAAUUCAUUCGCUGGUACCUGCCCCAGCUGCAGUACAAAAAUCCAUCAGUACAGGUGGGUCCACAUGACUGCCUUCAGUUACCGCAUCCUCCUCACAUAGAUUAUUACAUUCCAAGACAUCUGCCCCACCCCAUCGCUACAGUUCUAUCUGGCUGAUGGACGCGAUUACACCGUGGAUUGCUCCUUUCGCUCAGCUGACAGUAUCGAAGCCCAUAUUGCUCGCGUCUGUGCGAAGACCUCCGAAACACUAAAGAUGGAGGAAGUAGAGAAACAACAAUUGGUCAAUCCAGCCAACUUUGGCACAAAGUAUGUGGCGAAGGGUGUAUGUACCAGCGCUUUCUUUAACAGCCAUUUGUCUGAUGUGACUUUUUCUAUAAGCAGCAAAUUCGAUCACCCCACUGUUUUUGUUUGCCUGCGAUACCGUCGGCAAUUUCUCACCAUCCUCGUUGCCGCCAUCGACUGUCAUAAAUGAUGGCUCAGCGAGCCACUUCAUGUUCGCAACUCAACGCUAGGUAUGCGGUCGUUGAGGACUUGGAAUUUCUAAGUAGGGCGAUUAGUUGCUACAUUAUGGGCUUUGACCGCACAGGGACUUCGUAAAGUACCUUUUGAUCUGAAAGUGGACCCGUCAUGCCGUCAUGCUUGUAUAAGAGCAACUAAGCUCUCGCACUGCCACAUCUUGCAGAACCAUGGCUAUCUGUCACCUAUCAAUAUCCACCGUCAUUCCGCCAAAUUUAACUCUCUUUAGGACGAAAAAGCAACGACUGAACUGACACUCGCAACCUGCCCAACAUGUUGGUUUCGGGAACUUUAGGCUGCGCCUGUCUAACUGUGCUCUUUUUCAGCGCGUCUCCCCGUGGGCUGAGUGAACACCCCUUGGUACUUUUUCGCUUUACAUCAUCUCAUAUUUCGCACGGCAUUUUGUCAUCUACAUGUUCCUGUUUCCUCCCAGGUACCCUCGCCAGUGCAUGUGUGAGGUGUAUGGUCAAGCACCCUGUUCCUCACAACAAGGCAAACCAAAACCCUGGCCAGGACAGGAGCCCACGUACCCACCUCAUGCGGAGACAUCUUGA